CCGCGAUCAAUCGCAGUCUGCGUCAGAGUCCUGGAGUAUAAAUAGAGGUGUCAGGACCGGACCGAGCCGCACACAGCCAUCCAUCCUCCCAUUUCCCUCUUCUUCCCCGUUUUUCUCUCUAGGUCCUCCACCUCCGCCCCGGGCCUGAGGGGCACACCGGCUGCCACCAUGAGUUCGUUCGGCUACGACCCGUACUUUUCAACCUCCUACAAGAGGCGCUACGUGGAGACGCCCCGGGUGCACAUCUCCAGCGUGCGCAGCGGCUACAGCACUGCGCGUUCCGCGUACUCCAGCUACUCCGCGCCGGUCUCUUCCUCUCUGUCCGUGCGCCGCAGCUACUCGUCCAGCUCCGGCUCUUUGAUGCCCAGCUUGGAGAAUCUCGACCUGAGUCAGGUAGCCGCCAUCAGCAACGACCUCAAGUCGAUUCGCACGCAGGAGAAGGCCCAGCUCCAGGACCUCAACGAUCGCUUCGCCAGCUUCAUUGAGCGCGUGCACGAGCUGGAGCAGCAGAACAAGGUCCUGGAAGCCGAGCUGUUGGUGCUGCGCCAGAAACACUCGGAGCCGUCCCGCUUCCGCGUCCUGUACGAGCAGGAGAUCCGUGAUCUGCGGCUGGCGGCGGAAGACGCCACCAACGAGAAGCAGGCGCUGCAGGGCGAGCGCGAGGGGCUGGAGGAAACUCUGCGCAACCUGCAGGCGCGCUACGAAGAGGAGGUGCUGAACCGCGAGGACGCCGAGGGCCGGCUGAUGGAGGCCCGCAAAGGCGCCGAUGAGGCUGCGCUCGCCCGUGCCGAGCUGGAGAAGCGCAUCGACAGCCUGAUGGACGAGAUCGCCUUCCUGAAGAAGGUGCACGAGGAGGAGAUCGCCGAGCUGCAGGCUCAGAUCCAGUAUGCUCAGAUCUCCGUGGAGAUGGACGUGUCCUCCAAGCCCGACCUCUCCGCCGCCCUCAAGGACAUCCGCGCUCAGUAUGAGAAGCUGGCCGCCAAGAACAUGCAGAAUGCCGAAGAGUGGUUCAAGAGCCGCUUCACGGUGCUGACCGAGAGCGCUGCCAAGAACACAGAUGCUGUGCGCGCUGCCAAGGACGAGGUGUCCGAAAGCCGCCGCCUGCUCAAGGCUAAGACCCUGGAGAUCGAAGCGUGCCGGGGUAUGAACGAAGCUCUGGAGAAGCAGCUGCAGGAGUUGGAGGACAAGCAGAACGCAGACAUCAGUGCCAUGCAGGACACAAUCAACAAGUUAGAGAACGAGCUGAGAAGCACGAAGAGCGAGAUGGCUAGGUACCUGAAGGAGUACCAGGACCUCCUCAACGUGAAGAUGGCCUUGGACAUUGAGAUUGCGGCUUACAGGAAACUCUUGGAAGGCGAAGAGACCAGGCUCAGUUUCACCAGCGUGGGCAGCCUAACCAGUGGCUACUCUCAGAGCUCGCAGAUCUUUGGCCGCUCCGCCUACAGUGGCUUACAGAGCAGCUCCUACUUGAUGUCGGCUCGCUCGUUCCCAGCCUACUACACCAGCCACGUCCAGGAAGAGCAGACAGAGGUGGAGGAGACCAUCGAGGCUACCAAAGCUGAGGAGGCCAAAGAUGAACCCCCUUCUGAGGGAGAAGCAGAAGAGGAGGAGAAGGAGAAGGAGGAAGGAGAGGAAGAGGAAGGUGCUGAGGAGGAGGAAGCUGCCAAGGAUGAGUCUGAAGACACGAAAGAAGAAGAAGAAGGUGGUGAGGGUGAAGAGGAAGACACCAAAGAAUCUGAAGAAGAGGAGAAGAAAGACGGAGGUGCUGGGGAGGAGCAAGCAGCUAAGAAGAAAGAUUGAGCCCUGUUCCCAGCUAUUCCAGGAAAAAAAAAUUCUCCCCAAUCAGGUCAACCUCAUCACCAACCAACCAGUUGAGUUCCAGAUCCUAUACAAAUUAAGAAGCCCAUAUAUGUAUAACUCUGAGAUGACUUAGGUUGGACAUUCAAUGUUGUGCUAUGAAUUUUCUCCGUAUGCAGAGUAUCUGUUUGCUUGCAGAGUGGCUUUUCUGGCUUGCUGCCAGCCUGUGCAUGGUCCAUGCUUAUGAGUUCAGGAUCUAUGGCAAUGUGAAUCACACAGAUGUUUACAAUAAUAAAAAAACCACACACACACAACAUGAAUAAAUGAAUUCACUAAUGUUCAUGUGCAACUUCAUGGAAAAAAAUAGUCACUUAAAACUUCGGUGGUUAGAAAUCAAAGACCUCGAGUUAUGUGCAAUAAAUAGUAAAUAAAGUUACACUGAAUGAUAUAUAUAAAUAUUGCUGUGUUUUUUUUACUUAAUUAAAAUACCUUAAAGAAGGCACCAAUGCAAAAUACAUACAAAUAGACUACUGAACUCCAAUUUUUUUUAUAAAUUGCAAAUUUUAACAAGUGCAGUACAUAGUUGGACAUUCUGAGGGAUAGAGAAAUAGGUCAAGACUAGAAAAUAUUUUCCCCCAAACUUUGCUGCUAAUAAAUGUGAAUGAGAGUAUUCAUAAAUAACAAUAUAACUCACCCCGUAAAAUAUACAAUGUUGGCUGGAGAGAUGGCUUUAUAGAAAGCAAUUUUGAAAUUAUGGUGGGCUAGUAUACAGUAGUGCAAUCUGGGUAGAUAUGAAUCCCGCACAGUUGUCACUAUGGUUAAAUUUUUAAUAUAGUCUUGAAUAUCAUGGGCAUAAAUGGAAAUCUAAACCCAUGAUAUAAUUAAAAGGAGUGACUUUUUAAAAAAAAUCUAUAUUUUAUUUCGAGUGGGGAAAGUAACCUUGUCAGAGGCUCUCUGCCACUGCAAGCAUGUUGCCUGGAAUCCUGAGCUCAUGAAUGGUGUGUUGUUUGCUGAAUUCUACUGCCUCACAUGAACUGCCUGUAAAACUAUCAAUUUAAAAAACCCUUUAAAAACCAUGCAAGCAGGUGAUGGAACCAUAUUAAUGUUACUUCUCGGGGGAGAUAAUAAAUUUGUAUGUUGCAUUGGCAUUGCCCUGCAUGUCUUAAUUGGUAAAUAUUUGGAUUUCAAUGCCUGGUUGGCCCCUGCAUCAUAUCUGUGCCCCAUCUGCCCCCAUCCAUGGCAAAGUCGUGAUAACUUUUGCACGUGUGUUCAGUGUGGACUAUAGAUGAAGCCUUUGCCUCUCUACUGCUCUGAUGUUUUUAAACAACUGUUUGGACUGUGUUUUAGAUGACCUUUGAGACUUAGGAAUUGUACCAAAACCCAAAGUGGUCUUCAUUUGAAGUUACACGGUCUCUUUGCAUUCCUUACUUCGGGUUGACUCUGUGUUACUACACAAAUAGGCAAAGCAUUGCUCCAUCUACCGUGGUGUGAAGUUGAACUCUGGAGGCUCUCGGCAUGACCCUAGACAGCAAGCUUUUCACGCCUGUGCUCCUUAGUUAUGAGUUGAUGCAAACAGCUGGUUGGUUUAAGAAACACUUGGUUGAAGAACACAAUUCCAUACUCAAUUCUGUGUGCCAUAAUAAAAUGUUGAAAAAAAUCCAAA